CGCACUGCGCCCAGGCGCCCGCCCUCGCUGCAGCUCCGGGUGCCGCCGCCCGCCCGGCCCCCCGCGGGCGCUGCCUGGCCAUGGCCGCGGCCUCCUCCCCGCCCAGGCCCGACAAGAAGCGCUGGGGCUGCGGCCGCCUGCCGGGCUCCCGGCGGGGCAGCACGGGCCUGGCCAAGAAGUGUCCCUUCUCGUUAGAGCUGGCGGAGGGCGGCCCGGGGGGCGGCGCGCUCUACGCACCCAUCGCGCCGCCGGGCGCCCCGGGCCCCGCGCCCCUCGCGUCCCCGGCCGCGCCCCCGACCGCCGCCGACCUUGCCCCGCGGCCGCCCGUGAGCCUCGACCCGCGCGUCUCCAUCUACAGCGCGCGCCGCCCGCUCCUCGCGCGCACCCACAUCCAGGGCCGCGUCUACAACUUCCUCGAGCGCCCCACCGGCUGGAAGUGCUUCGUGUACCACUUCGCAGUCUUCCUCAUCGUCCUGGUCUGCCUCAUCUUCAGCGUGCUGUCCACCAUCGAGCAGUACGUCGCCCUGGCCACGGGGACCCUCUUCUGGAUGGAGAUUGUGCUGGUGGUGUUCUUUGGGACGGAGUACGUGGUCCGCCUCUGGUCGGCAGGCUGCCGCAGCAAGUACGUGGGCAUCUGGGGGCGGCUGCGCUUUGCCCGGAAGCCCAUCUCCAUCAUCGACCUCAUCGUGGUCCUGGCCUCCAUGGUUGUCCUCUGCGUGGGCUCCAAAGGGCAGGUGUUCGCCACCUCGGCCAUCAGGGGCAUCCGCUUCCUCCAGAUCCUGAGGAUGCUGCACGUUGAUCGCCAGGGAGGCACGUGGAGGCUGCUGGGUUCUGUGGUCUUCAUCCAUCGCCAGGAGCUCAUCACCACCUUGUACAUCGGCUUCCUGGGUCUCAUCUUCUCCUCGUACUUCGUGUACCUGGCCGAGAAGGACGCCGUGAACGAGUCGGGUCGAGUGGAGUUCGGCAGCUACGCGGAUGCCCUGUGGUGGGGGGUGGUCACGGUCACCACCAUCGGCUACGGGGACAAGGUGCCCCAGACGUGGGUCGGGAAGACCAUUGCCUCCUGCUUCUCUGUGUUUGCCAUAUCCUUCUUCGCGCUCCCGGCGGGGAUUCUCGGCUCCGGCUUCGCCCUGAAGGUCCAGCAGAAGCAGAGGCAGAAACACUUCAACAGGCAGAUCCCGGCCGCAGCCUCCCUCAUUCAGACGGCGUGGAGGUGCUAUGCGGCCGAGAACCCCGAGUCCUCCACCUGGAACAUCUACGUCCGGAAACCCACCCGGAGCCACACCCUGCUGUCCCCCAGCCCCAAGCCCAAGAAGUCCGUCAUGGUAAAGAAGAAGAAGUUCAAAGUGGACAAGGACAACGGGGUGAGUCCCGGAGAGAAGACGCUCACGGUCCCCCACAUCACAUGCGAGCCCGCGUCAGAAAAGCGGAAGCCAGACCACUUCUCUGUGGACACCUGCGACAGCUCUGUGAAGAGCCCCAUGCUGCUGGAAGUGAGCACGACCCACUUUUUGAGAACCAACAGCGUGGCCGAGGACCUGGAUCUGGAGGGGGAGACGCCGCUGGUCCCCAUCACGCACGUGUCACAGCUGCGGGAGCACCAUCGGGCCACCAUCAAGGUCAUCCGGCGUAUGCAGUACUUUGUGGCCAAGAAGAAAUUCCAGCAAGCGCGGAAGCCCUACGACGUGCGGGACGUCAUCGAGCAGUACUCCCAGGGCCACCUCAACCUCAUGGUGCGCAUCAAAGAGCUGCAGAGAAGGCUGGACCAGUCCAUCGGGAAGCCGUCCCUUUUCAUCUCUGUCUCAGAAAAAAGCAAGGACCGGGGCAGCAACACCAUCGGGGCCCGCCUCAACCGGGUAGAAGACAAGGUGGCGCAGCUGGACCAGAGGCUGGUGCUCAUCACGGACAUGCUUCAGCAGCUGCUGUCCCUGCACCACGGGGGCCCCCCGGGGAGCCGCCCCCCCAGCGGGGGCGGGGCUCAGGUGCAGCCCUGCGGCCCCACCAACCCUGAGCUCUUCCUGCCGGGCAACGCCCUGCCCACCUACGAGCAGCUGACUGUGCCCCGCAGGGGCCCCGAGGAGGGGUCCUGAUGGGGGCUCGGGGCCCCAGGCCCUCGAGGGAAGGCCCGGAGGAGCCCCGGGCGGCCGGGCCCACCUCCCACCCAGCAGGGCCCCCCCCCCCCCGGGUCACUGGCCCCUCCCUCGCAGGCCCCAGACCCCCCCGUGAGCCACGCUGCCCUGAGAGCCUGCUCUUAAAGGGUCCCUGGGGCCGCCUCUCCCCAGCCGCCGGGUACUAGAACUCGGCUGGGUUCGGGGGCCCCUCUCGGCUCUGAGACCACACCGUGGACCCCACAUCACUCGUGUGGCAGUUGGGACACGGUGGCAGGGCGCAGGCUGGACACCCGAGGCACUUGGUCCGCCCCACGUACGGCCAAGAGACAGCACGGGGAGUGCAGGCCCACCCUGGUAGGCCCUAGGGGGCUUCCUGAGAGGAGACAGAGGGGCAGCCUGGACAGGGUCUGGGGAUACCACACCCUCAGACUCGAACCCAGGACCCCUGGAGAAGGCAGGCAGGGCAGGGCGGGCCCAGCCCGUGCCAACUCAAGGAUGCCCGUGACGGAGGCCCCGGAGCCCCGCUCAGCAGGCCCCAGGCCUGGGCCACGGCUUCCGGCAGGAGGGACCAGCCCACCGCGGUCCCCAGAGUGCUCCCCUGGGGGUGGAAUGUCCCCCACUUUGGACUGGGAGCUUCUCCCGCUCACUCCCCGCCCCGCGUGCGGCCCCCGCCUCAGCUCCCCGCCAGGUCCGAGCAGCUGGAAAGAGGCACAGAACCGUCGUGUCCCCUGGCCGGCUGCUGGGCGAGGAGUUGCGUGAGGCUGUCACGGUCCCUGCAUGGGACAGGGGCUCCUCCCGGGCGUCACGUCUCACAGAAAUCAGAAUAAUUUAAGGUGAUUUUGGAAUCUGUGUUUUAAUGAGUUUCACAGUAUGAUUUUGACUCUUAAUUGUGACGCUUUUCCUAAUAAA